AUGACGGCAGAGAUACCUUACACAGUCAUGAUGGUAGCGGUGAUAGCAAUGCUAAAAUUCCUUCUGAUUUGUGCGUUGACGUCAACAGUUCUUUCGCUUGGUCUUGGCCGUACGCAAUCGUCGGGAGUGAGAGGGCGACUAAUAUGUGAUGGAAAGCCGGCCGCGGGAGUAACCGUAAAACUUUACGACGACGACAGAGGUGUUGACGCUGAUGAUCUAAUGGCGUCCGGAAAAACGAACUCUCAGGGCGAGUUCGAAUUGCGAGGCUACACAGAAGAGUUCACACCCAUCGAUCCAAAACUCAAUAUCUACCACGACUGCAACGAUCUAAAGCCAUGCCAGCGAAAGUUCACCAUCAAACUGCCCGACAAGUACAUCACUAAUGGAAAGAUACCAAGCAAAAUCUACGACGCUGGGACAAUACAGUUGGCAGGAGCAUUCCCUGGUGAAGGACGCGACUGCCUGCACUGA